GAACUAUUACAUCCAGUGGGCUAUGACACAACACACAAGCGACACAAGCUGGGCCAGGAUAAAAUGCAAGAAAAUUGCAUUUACCUUUUUUUUAAAACACUAAUUUACCCCCAUCGCUGAAGAUAGUGGGUGUGUUUAGAAUCGUUUUGUGGGAUUAUAUUAUCCCCCCCCCCCCUUUUACUUCAGCUGGUACCUUUUUUUUUAUGUGGUUCCUCCUUGAGUCGGAUGUUUUCCCUUUCAGGACUUACAAUCGUCACUUUAUGAAGAGAAUCAACUCCGAAUCAAAGUGCAAAUGGAGGUUGAAAGCAAGGAUUCCGAAAUUGAACAACUAUCUCAGAAGUUGGCUUCGGCAUCAGCUGAUACCGUAUCAAAUAUUAGUAGCGGAGCAGAGAACAAAUCAGAAGAGGGAGUUCAAGAUUCUUGGUUAGAAGGCUGGCUUUUUAUUCCUUCAAAACAAAAUAUUCGGCGCCAUGGUUGGCGAAAACAAUACGUGGUCGUGUCGUCCAAGAAGAUCUUUUUUUAUAAUUCAGAGAGUGACAAGCAGAACCGAUCCCGUUCUCAUCCUAGACUUGAACAAAGUCUUCCACGUCCGUUCUGUUACACAGAGCGAUGUCAUACGCGCUGAUGCCAAAGAGAUUCCCCGUAUUUUGCAGAUUCUCUACGCCGGCGAAGGCGAAUCUCGUAAACCAGACGAGAGCACCCCACCGCCGGAUUUAGUCGGUCGUGAGGAAAAACCUGGAACUGUUAAUCACAAAGGCCACGAACUUGUGGCUAUUAGUUUCCACAUGCCAACCACUUGUGAAGUGUGCUCAAAACCUUUGUGGCAUAUGUUCCGACCCCCACCUGCCCUUGAGUGCCGCCGGUGUCGCAUCAAAGUUCACAAAGAACAUUUGGAUAAGCGUGAGGAAAUCAUCGCUCCCUGCAAAGUCCACUACGAUCCUAAUACAGCCAAAGAGAUGCUCUUAUUAGCAGGGACGUUGGAGGAACAACAGCAGUGGAUAUCGCGUCUGUCGAAAAAGAUCCAGAAAUUUAAUACUUAAUAGAUAAACUGUUACUCAGCUGGUCUAUGCGGGUAUUUGACAUUCUAUGAUUCGUUUAAAGUCAUUAAAUGUCACGAACUCGAAGACUAACAUAAUUGAUUGAAUCUGAAAUUCAUCCCUGCUGAUGUGAUUGCAUGCGAAAAAGUUGCACAAAGUAGCAAAACAAAUCAAUAGAAAAGUGCAGUUGA